CAUUGGUCAAUGGAAAGCUAAGCCUAAACAACUUUGUUUCAAAAAUUGUAACAAAGAUAACAACCUGUCUAACAUGAUUGUUUUGAAUGUCAAACAUAUCACAUCAUUCUCAAGAGAGAACAUUCAUAUGAACCUUUGGAUUUGUGAGCUAUGAAAGAACUAAAUAGUGUUCCAGAAAGAGAUGUUGCCUAUACUGAUUCUUUGCAACAGCUUCCAAUUAUUGACCUUAGCAAAUUAUUGUCUGAAGAUGUGAAGGGGGCUGAAUUGGAGAAGCUUGGUGUUGCAUGCAAAGAAUGGGGUUUCUUUCAGCUGAUUAAUCAUGGACUUAGCUUGGCAUUAGUAGAAGACAUAAAGUUAGGUGCUGAAGAAUUGUUCCAUCUUUCAAUGGAAGAAAAGAGUAAGCUUUGGCAGAAACCAGGAGAUAUGGAAGGGUUUGAUAAAAUGGUUGAAGUGGCUAAAGAUGAGCCAUCAGAUUGGGUAGAUUCCUUCUACAUUUUCACACUUCCUUCCCAAUUAAGGAAGCUUCACUUAUUCCCUAAUCUACCACUUCCAUUCAGGGAAAACUUAGACGCUUAUUGUAGAAAGAUCAGAGAGCUUUCCAUCAACAUUAUGGUUCUUAUCGGGAAAUCUCUUGACGUAAAAUCACAUGAUAUUAAAGAGUCACUAGGAGAAGGUGGCCAAUCAGUUAGGAUAAACUACUAUCCUCCUUGUCCUCAACCAGACAAUGUCAUUGGCCUUAAGGCUCACACUGAUGGCUCUGCCCUUACAAUCCUUUUCCAAAACAACGAAGUCGAAGGACUCCAAAUAAAAAAAGACGGAACAUGGAUCAGCGUUAAGCCUCACCCAAAUGCUUUCAUCGUUAGUCUUGGAGAUGUUAUGGAGGUAAUGACAAAUGGUAUAUAUAAGAGCACUACGCAUAGAGCCAUAGUAAAUUCGGACAAAGAGAGACUAUCUGUGGCUACUUUUUAUGGUCCAGAAUGGUGUGGAAAUAUAGGUCCAUUAUCAUGCCUUGUAACUCAAGAAACACCACCAUUGUUCAAAACUAUUGGUGUAGCUGAUUUUUACAAGGGAUAUCUUUCACCUGAGCAUAAAGGGAAAUCAUAUAUUAAUGAUGUUUUGAGAAUCCAAAAUGAAGACAUGAAAGACUAGCUUUUUAAGUUGAAUCUGUUUGUGAUUAUGAAGAAAAUAAUAAUGUAAUUCUUGACUUGGAGUGUGAGUGGUUUGUAGUAAGAAUUCUUGGCAUUUCAAAUACAUGUAUUAGUUGAUCAUCACAAGAUUUGGAGUAUGAGUGCUUUGAAGUAAGAAUUACUCAAUAUCCUCUUGAUGAAUACUAAUUAAGAAUAUUAGUGAACUUUAUUUACUUUUUUUUUAAUAUAGAUAAAAUAAUUGUGAUUCUUUA